UCGGGGGCGGGGGCGGGGGGCGCGGGCACCGGAGACCCCGGUGGCGGCGGCGGCGGCCGGGGGAAACCGCGGGGCCGGUCAUGCGGCUGCGGGGCCCGCGGCCCGGAGCGUCCGCCAAGCCCUGAGAGAGGCCCCGCAGGGCGCCCCCCGCCGCUCAGGAUGAGUCACUGCAGCAGCCGUGCCCUGACCCUGCUGAGCAGUGUGUUUGGUGCCUGCGGCCUGCUUCUUGUGGGCAUCGCAGUCAGCACGGACUACUGGCUGUACAUGGAGGAGGGGACCGUUUUGCCGCAGAACCAGACCACCGAGGUCAAGAUGGCGCUGCACGCUGGCCUCUGGAGAGUCUGCUUCUUUGCAGGUCGGGAGAAGGGUCGCUGUGUGGCUUCCGAGUACUUUCUUGAACCAGAGAUCAACUUGGUGACGGAAAACACAGAGAAUAUUCUGAAGACAGUGCGCACGGCUACUCCCUUUCCUAUGGUCAGUCUCUUCCUUGUGUUCACCGCUUUCGUCAUCAGCAACAUCGGCCACAUCCGACCUCAGAGGACCAUUCUGGCCUUUGUGUCUGGCAUCUUUUUCAUUUUAUCAGGUCUCUCCUUGGUGGUGGGUUUGGUUCUGUACAUCUCCAGCAUCAAUGAUGAGGUCAUGAACAGGCCCAGCAGCUCGGAGCAGUAUUUUCACUAUCGAUACGGGUGGUCGUUUGCCUUCGCUGCUUCCUCUUUCCUUCUCAAAGAGGGGGCCGGAGUCAUGUCGGUGUACUUAUUCACCAAGCGCUACGCGGAGGAAGAGAUGUACCGCCCGCACCCGGCCUUCUACCGCCCGCGUCUCAGCGACUGCUCUGACUACUCCGGCCAGUUUCUGCAGCCCGAGGCGUGGCGUCGUGGUCGCAGCCCUUCCGACAUCUCCAGCGACGUCUCCAUCCAGAUGACGCAAAACUACCCUCCAGCCAUCAAGUACCCCGACCACCUCCACAUCUCUACUUCACCGUGCUGAGGCCGGGCUCCCUCCUUCUCCUCCUCCUUCCUUCCCCUCACCCGCGCCUCCCGCCUCCUUAACACCUUAAGGGACUCUUGGCUGAGGGAUGCUGUGCCAUCUCCAGGCCUCAACCCAUCAUCCUCAUUUCAAUGGCUCCAGCCUCUCCUCGUUGGUCCAUUAUACUUCCAGAUGAUCUCGGCCACCUGCCCAACCCCCCACCGUGAGCCCGUCCCAUUUCGGGGGUCCCUCUCCUGGUCCCUCCCCACCCGUUAUCUCUAACCCACUUUACUAUCCUCUGGUGGUAUCUUGCAUCUAGCUCCCCCCGAACUCCUUCAGACUACCGCUUCCGCGCAGGGGUGCUGGGCUGGAGAGUGGGUGUGAUAGCCACUAGGAAUGCCCUUGAACUCUCAUCGAUUCUUUCCUAGCACAACACCACGUGGCCUGCAGGUCCCUGGUCUCGGGGGUGGGGUGGGGUGGGGUGGGGAGAAGCUUGCUCUGCCCACAUCUGCUGGUCGGGUCAGGGGCUGCAGGGAAUGACUAUGGCUUACCUUGACUUCUUUUUCUUUUGCCUCCGGCAGACUCCAUUCCCUCUCUUUCUUUUGUCCUCAGGAAGGAAGGCAAUCUUCUUUCUUCCUUUGAAGGGAUCCUCCUCCUCCUCCUCCUCCUCCUCCUCCUCCUCCUUCUUCUUCCUCUUCCUCUUCCUCUUCCUCCUCCUCCUCCUCCUCCUCCUCCUCCUCCUUCUCCUCCUCCUCUCCUUCUUCUUCCUCUUCUUUUCCUUCCUCCACUUGCUCAUCCGAAGCCCCUAGGUGCAUCCAGCCUCUCACACCAAACAAGGAUGGGACCCCAGGGUGGAGGGAGGUUCCCUCAUGCUAUCUCCACACCUGUGCCCGCCUCUCCCCCCUCGAGGUCCCGUCGGGGGAGGGAGGGGCAGUAGCGGGGGUUAACACCCCCCAAAACCUCUGUCUUCCAUUUUCUGGUACUCCCUCUCAUCCAUGUCCCUCUUCCUAUCUCAGAUCCCCCAACUCUGGUCUCUUUCAAGGGCCCGUCCGCCCCCUUGGACAGAUUGGGGGGGGGGUCGCCAGAAAACCGCCCACCCCACCCCCU